AUGGGUAGACCCUGGACUUUAUCAUUAGUUCCUGGUUUAAUUAUAGCCACUGUGUUAGCUUGCGUCCUAUGUGACCCAUCAUCAUUACAGUCUGAUGUCCCCAUAUCCAAACCAAAUGAGGGACUGUCAACAGCUUCAGAUACUUUAAACAAAGAGGCCGAAGCUAUCAGUUUGGAUGGUCUAAGCGUAGAACAGCUGAAACAGGCUCGCGAACAAGCUGAAAAAAGACAAUUCGAGGCGGAAGUCGAUCGUAUGAUGAAGAUAAUAGUCAAUUCCUUGUAUAAAAACAAAGAGAUAUUCCUCAGAGAACUUAUAUCAAAUGCAUCCGAUGCGCUGGAUAAAAUACGUGUGCUUGCGUUAACGAAUAGGGAAGUGCUAGAUGAGGCUGAUGAGAUGAAUAUACGUAUUAAAGCUAACAAAGAAGCACGAACACUUCAUAUAAUCGACACAGGAAUAGGAAUGACAAAAGCUGAGCUUACAGCUAAUUUGGGGACCAUUGCUAAGUCCGGUACUUCUGAGUUCCUGGCGAACAUCACUCAAACUACAUCAGCUGCGGAAAAGUCAGAUCUUAUUGGCCAGUUUGGCGUCGGGUUCUACUCUUCGUUUUUAGUUGCCAAUAAAGUAAUAGUGGUAUCUAAAAGUGAUACUGAUGAUCAGCACAUCUGGGAAUCCAAUUCAACUUCGUUUACUGUAUAUAAAGACCCUCGCGGCAAUACACUAAAGCGUGGGACUGAAAUUAUUCUCUACCUAACGGAGGAGGCUGAAGAUUACUUACAACCUGAAACUCUAAAAGAAGUUGUAAAGAAAUACAGUCAAUUCAUCAAUUUCCCUAUAUACGUUUGGUCGAGUAGAGUUGAAAAACAAAAUGUUGAAUCUCAAGAGGAAACCAAGACAAGUGAUUCUGAGGCUAGUGUUGAGGAAGAAAGUGUAAAAAGUGAAGGAAAAACGGUAGACAAAGUAGUCUGGGAUUGGGUGCGCGUAAAUGCUAACAAACCAAUCUGGAGACGCAAACCGUCCGAAGUAACUGACAAAGAGUAUAACGAACUCUUUCAUGUAUACUCCAAAGAAUAUGAUGAUCCUCUUGCCAGGAUUCAUUUCACUGGAGAGGGAGAUGUGAUAUUUAAUUCAAUACUUUAUAUUCCUAAACGUUCUCCUUCCAACAUAUUUCAAAUGCAUAGUAGUCACAGUGACAGAAUAAAACUCUAUGUUCGUCGAGUAUAUAUUUCGGAUGUAGCUGAUGAUCUGCUUCCUAAAUAUUUGGCAUUCGUUGUGGGUAUUGUUGACAGUGAUGAACUUCCUCUAAAUGUUUCUCGUGAGAUGCUUCAGCAAAAUAAAUUGCUGAAGACAAUAAAGAAAAGAUUAGUCAAGAAAGUGAUUGAGAUGAUUAACAAACUUAGCGAAUCGGACUUUGAAAAGUUCUGGAAUGAGUAUUCUGUAAACAUAAAGCUUGGUAUUAUUGACGACCAUUCAAACCGUUCAAAGCUGUCUAAACUUCUUCGCUUCUGGACGUCAAAUAGCACUGAAAAGCAGUCAAGUCUUGCGGAUUACGUUUCAAGAAUGAAAAAAGGACAAGAAGAAAUAUACUACAUCACCGCGGCUUCUAUAAAUGAGGCAAAGCUGUCGCCAUUUGCGGAAAGGCUGAUUGAAAAGGGUUAUGAGAUUGUUUAUAUGGUAGAUCCUGUAGAUGAAUAUAUGCUUCAGUCGCUAACUGAGUAUGACAAGAAGAAAUUAAGAAAUGUUGCAAAAGGGACGAUUGAAUUAGAUAAGUCGGAAGACGCCAAAAGUCGUAAAGAAGCUCUACAGAAAGAGUUUGAGCCUCUUUUGCAAUGGUUCAAAGAUGCUUUAAAAGAAUAUGUUGACCAAACCACUUUAUCUGAAAGGCUGUCCAACACUCCAUGUGCCUUAGUGGCGAAUGAAUUUGGUUGGUCCGGAAAUAUGGAGCGGAUUAUGUCUGCACAAGCUUAUCAGCGAGGUGGGGAUCCAUCAACCAGUUACUAUUCUUCUAUGAAAAAGGUUUUUGAAAUAAAUCCGCGUCACCCAGUAAUGAAAAAGCUGAACGUCCUCAUAAAAUCUAACAAAGAUGAUCCUACUAUUAACCAUACGGCAAGUUUAUUGUUUGAUGUUGCAGUUCUCCGAUCAGGAUUUUCUGUAAAAAACCCAGUUGCUUUUGCGGAGAGAGUCGAGACAGUUGUAAAGAAGAGCCUAGAUAUUGAUCCAAGCGAAGAGGUGGAAAAAGAACCAGUUGAAAUUUCCGACGAUCAAGUAACUGAAACAGAUGAGGAAAUUGAAGAGAAAACGGCUCCGAUUGAAGGCUCGCCAGAAGAUAAAUUCGACGAACCCAUACAAAGCAACGGAUUUACGGAUACGCUGGAGGAGAAUAGAACAGAAAGUACCAAAUUAUAUUCAUCAAAUGAACUGGACAGUAUAUCAGAAUAUAAUACAAGAUUACAUAUGACCAGCUCUCCUGAAAGUGAUAUUAUUCCUGAUUUUGAAGCAUUAAACAAUUGUCCAACAUGUAGACGACUUUUAGAAUGUAAAUCUCAUGGUCAUCAUCAUUCUGCGAAAAAUGUCAAGGACAACAAUAAUAACAAAGACCAAAAAACUCAUCAUAAGCAAAUCGAUACUGACGGUGAAGAUGAUGACGAUGAUAAUCAUCAUCAUCAUCCCGAUGAUAACAGCGAUAUUGAAGACGAUGAUGAUGAUGAUCUCGACUAUAAUCAAACAGAUUCCGAAGAAAAAGAAGAGGACAAUGAUCAGGAUUCUGGAAUUGAUUUAGGUGAGGAAAUUUCCCAGUCAAAUAUUAAAACAACAUUUAAGCAUUUGCGUAAAUUAGAAGAGUCUGUAGACGAUAAUGACGAUGAUGAUGAUGAUGAUGAAAAGGAGUAUAAUGAGUGUUUAUCAGAGUGUACAUUAAGGCAUAGGAAAAAACAGUAUUUAAGACAUACUACUACCACUACUACUGAUAGUAAGAACAAUCAGGAUGAGCGGGAUGAUCAGGAGAAUGAGACAGAAGAAGACGAAGAAGAACAAUUGAUAUCAUUUUCAGCAGCAGCAGCAGUAGAAAGUAAAGUAAUUCAUAGUACUGUCAAAAAAUCCCCUAUUAGUAAUGAUAUGAGUAGUGAAUCAAAGAAUAAACAACAAAUAAAUGAAGACAAAACAGUUAAAAACACGAAAGAGAACACUGAGUCUGAGUCAUUCAUUUCUAAUGAAUAUGAAGAUGAUAAUGACAGUGACAACCAGGGUGAUGAUGAUGGUGAGGAGGAUGAGGGCGAUGAUGAUGAUGAUGAUGAUAAUAAUGAUGAAGUAGAUAUUGAUAAUUCAGAAAAUGAGAGAGAAGAUGAUGAUAAUGAUGACAAUGAGGAUAAUAGUGUACAUAAACCAAAUUGUAAGAAAUCUGUCAGUAAUGACAAAUCAUCAUCUCCUAUAAACAAGGACAACAAUAAAGAUAAUAAUGAUAAUGACGAAGACGAUUAUGAUGAUGAUGAUGAUGUUGUUGACAGUGAUGACGAUGAUGAAGGUGACGAUGAUGAUGAUGAUGGCGAACACUAUUCUGAUAAAAAUGAAAGUACUCCUAAACCAAAAUUUGAAAUUAAUUCAUCUAAUCGUAAACAAACUAAAAGUACCAAAAAUUCAUAUGAAGAACUUGACGGAGAUGAACAAGACACUUACAACAAUAAUGAAACUGAAGAUAUUGAAGAAGAAAGAGAAGAAGACCAACCAGAAGAUACAGGUUUAGAAAUUUCCCAUGAAGAAGGUUAUGAAGAUGUCGAUGAUCCAGAUUUCAGUGAUUGGAUACAGGCUGAUGAUGAAUUGAAUCCUAACUGGCCUGGUGGAAGAAAAUUAAUGGCAGUAAAGACACCAUCUACUCCUUCACCAAAAACCAAAGUGAACUCCGAGUCUACAUCUGGAAAUGCAAAGAAUAAGAAACCUUCAACAGUACCAACAGUGCAAAGUAAAGUAAAUUCAAAAGCAGCAAAUACAAAAACAGCUGAAAAUGUAAAGUUUAAACAAAAUAAAGAAAAAUCUCCUCCUACGCAUCAUCAACACCAACAAGACAAACCGAAAUCUCCACCAUCAAAGCAUACUGAGGAUCAUUCGAAAAAGGCUAUGCCUAAAUCUGUCCCUCAACCAGAGAAAGCAAAGAAACCAAAUAUGCCCAAAUCAAAACAUGUUCGAAUUGUUGGAAAUAUAAACGAUCAUGACUGUGAUGGUAUACCAGAUGAUAUUGACGAAGAUAUUGAUAAUGAUGGUCUUCUGGAUCGUACUCAAGAUUCAGACUGGGAUGGAUUGUUGAAUCAUAUUGACGAGGAUGAUGAUAAUGAUGGUAUCCCUGAUAUUGAAGAUGAAGAUUCGAAUGGUGACGGUAUACCAGAUUGUCGUUCUGAUGUUUCAGAUUUAAAAUUAAAAAUACGAUAUAAAAAGAAAAUGAAAAAAAUUGAUAGUGACUUUGAUGGUGUCCCUGAUGAUGUCGAUGGUGACGAUGAUGAUGACGGUAUUCCAGAUAUUUUGGAAGAUGAAGAUAAAGAUCAAAUUCCUGAUUACCUAGGACUUAGCCGCAAUGAUUUCUUAAAAGGUGUGAGUAUUAAAGAAUUGAACAAGCGAAUGAAUAAGCGUGGUUGGUUUGAUCACGAUUGUGAUGGUAUUCCAGAUAAUCUUGACCCCGAUGAUGAUAAUGAUGGAUACUUCGACGCAAAACAAGAUAGCGAUCGCGACGGUAUUUUGAAUGAAUUCGAUGAUGACGACGAUAACGAUGGAAUACCAGAUAGAGAUGAUUCUGAUUCUAAUGGAGAUGGUAUACCAGACUGCAUAGUGAAAGAUUCUGACGGUGAUCAUAUUCCUGAUCAUAUUGACACAGAUGAUGACAAUGAUGGUAUACCAGAUCUACAGGAUCCAGAUCAUCCAAUGUUUGAUUAUUUCCGUGACUCUGACAAGGAUGGUAUUCCUGAUCCAUUAGACAAAGAUGAUGAUAAUGAUGGUAUUCCAGAUAGUAUGGACUAUGAUUCAGAUGGAGAUGGAACAGACGAUCUAUUCCAAGAUGUUGAUAGAGAUGGUGUUCCAGACAGUGUUGAUGAUGACAUGAAUAAUGAUGGUAUUCCUGAUCACAAACAAGAUCAUGAUUGUGAUGGUAUUCCGGAUAUUGUUGAUCCAGAUGAUGAUAAUGACGGUUAUUUUGACACUAAACAGGAUAGUGAUAAUGAUGGGAUUUUGAAUGAAUGGGAUGAUGAUGACGAUAAUGACGGUAUUCCAGAUGUGGAUGAUGAAGAUUCAAAUGGUGAUGGGAUAAUUGAUUGUCAACCACGUGACAGUGAUGGUGACGGUAUUCCAGAUCACUUGGAUGAAGAUGAUGAUAACGAUGGUAUACCAGAUCAAAGAGAUCCUGAUUCAAUGUCAUUUUUACUAUACAAGCAUAAACGUUUCCUUGAAGCUGUUCCAGAUAACCGUCUGAACAAAAUUCGAAUUCAUAUGCCAGUAUAUGUCGAAAAAUUCCCAUAUGGAUUUACUGACUGUGAAGCAUCUAGCGACGUACAAUACAUGAAUGCUCAUAUUGCCAGAAAUGAAGCGAACUUGUUGAAUGUUGAUCUAGGUGAUCCAAAUGAUAAAGAUUGUGAUGGAAUUCCUGAUCAUAUUGACAAUGAUUUAGAUAAUGAUGGAAAAAUUGAUAGAACACAAGAUUCAGAUAUGGAUGGUUUAUUGAAUCAUGUAGAUGACGAUGAUGACAAUGAUGGUAUUCCGGAUCCCUUAGAUCCGGAUGCAAACGGUGACGGUAUACCAGAUUGUCGACGUGAUGGAGGUCUACACUAUAAACUGGUGAGAUCACCGUCUGGUCUAAUAAAGAAAGUGUUAAGAAUUCGUGAACCAACUCAAGAAGAACAGCACAUGGCUUACAUGGUGAAUGAAGCUAAACGUAAAUUGAUACGUAUUCGUGCUAAACUAGGUGAACCGGUGCCAAAGAAUACAAUUCAAGCUGUACCUUCUGUUACCUUCAGUAAUGCAUAUGGGGAUAAUCCUGACAGUCCUAAAGAUAACAAUGAUGGAAAAAAAAUAAAGGCUAAGUCUACCAAUACAAAAACUGUUCCGACAAAUCCAACCAUAAAAAAUGAUCAUUCACACACACCUUCAAGUGGAACACCAGCAUCCAAACACUCAACAAAUAAUAAACCUGCAACUGGUGGCAUUGGAGGUGGGAAAAAAUCACCAACACAAGGAGGAAAAAGUAAUCCAUCCACUUUGAAACAAUCAACACCAACAGCUUCAGCAGGUGAACAUGGUGUAAAAUCAGCUAAUAAACGACAAAAUCGUAAAUUGGCAAAUUAUGUACCAACUGAAACCGUUGAUUCACUAUAUGCAUUGAAUAAAGAUAUUUUAUUUGACAUUCCAAGUAUUGAUGAUAUUAGUGAUGGUAGAAUAGAAGAAGAUGAUGAUGGUGGUAUGAGUGUUAACUUGGCUGAACCUAAUCUUAAAACAUCAAUAUUUGGGAGUUUUUUACUACCCGGAGCAGCAGCUGAUGAAUCAACCGGACAACGUAGAACAAAAGCGAUAAAAAUGAAACAAAAUGAAGGUGUACAAACGAUAACACCUGAUAAACUAAAAGUUAAAAAGAAAAAGACAAACGACAAUGAUAAGUCCAAAAAGGAUUCCUGUGAUGCUCAUUCAUGCCGGAAGUCUAACAUGAACCAACCAAAUAAUCAACCAGGCAAGAAACAUGUUAAGUCAGGCUCUAUCAAAGAUUAUUUGCAUAAAAAUGAUGACGAAUCGCUAGACUCAGAUGGUGACGGAAUACCUGACCACCUGGAAGAUGACGAUGGUGACGGAAUACCAAAUUACUUGGAAGACGAAGACGGUGACGGCAUUCCAGAUAGUAUGGAGGGCGAUUCAGAUGGCGACGGUAUUCCGGAUUACAUGGAAGAUGAAGAUGGAGACGGUAUACCAGAUUAUUUAGAAGAUGAAGAUGGAGAUGGAAUACCCGAUUACUUGGACGGAUGCGUUCACGGGAAACAUUACGACGAUGACGAUGAUAAUGAUGGCAUUAAAGAUCACCAAGAAGAUGCAAAUAAUAAUCAAAUAUUGGAUAUUUUUGAAGCUAAAGACACAGAUGGCGAUGGUAUUCCUGAUUAUCUAGAUGACGAUGAUGACGGAGACGGUAUACCUGAUUGUGAUGAUGAUGACGAUGAUAAUGAUGGUAUACUGGAUAUACAUGAAGAUGAAAAUAAGAAUAAAAUUCCUGACUACUUAGAAACUGGAGACUCUGACAAUGAUGUAAGGGGAAGCAAAUCGCCAAGUAAAUCAGCCUCGUCUAAACCUAAAUCAACAGUUAAAUCAAAAACCAUAGCAUUGCCGAAAAAGGUUGGAAAACAUACAGUUGGUGAUGAUGACGAUGAAGAUGCCGACGAUGAUGAUGAUGACGAAGAUGAGAAAUCAUCUAAAAGGAAAGAUAGUGGAGUUGGAAGUGAUGACGAUGAUGACGAGUCAGAUGAUCCUGAACAUAUGUCAAAAGCUCGAUCUAUAGUUCUUUCCAUACUUAAACGAAUUGAAAACAUCUUUGGGGUGGAAGAUGAUGAUAACGAUAAUGAAAAUAAUGAUUCAGAAGAAGAAACGCAUGACCACUGAACUUUAUUUUCUCCUCCUUCUUUUUUUUUUGCCAGAAAAAUCAAACACUUUAUAGUUCCAUCAAAAAAAGAGAGAGAAUUAACUUAGAUAAGAAGACAAAAAAAUAAAUAAAUAAUAAACUACUUUUAGUUCAUGUAUUGGUUUAAGAGACAUACCUACCGUUUGUUUAUAUUGUGUCUAUGUGUGAGUGAUGUACAAUUUUCGAAUUUACACUUUACAUGUCUACAUUUUUUUUAAAGAAAAAGUACAACACUUCCACGUUUUAUUAAAGACCUUUCACUAAUUAUUAUAUCACAGUAAUUAACUGAAACCUUGAAAACUCCGCUCAAUAGCUUCUAUUUUCGUUCAACAAUAACAAUAACAACAUCACUUUUGUUUUUAUUUUCGAGUCAUUUAUCCACCUAAUUUGUAAUUUAUUUCUCCUUAUUAUUUUAGUUAAUAAGUAGGAGUAGAGAUAAUAGUAGAUUGAAGGUUUAAUAAUUUUUAAAAAAAAAGAAUUUGACAACUAGAAUACAAUAGAGAAAUCAAUAAUGAAAUGCAGAAAGUAACUACAAUCAAAUCAAUUUUGAUUAUCUACAGGCUUAUUCGCCUUUUGUUUGAUUCUGAUUCUAAGAUUAUUAUUAUUAUUAUUAUUCUGUUGCUUCAACAGCAGCCUAGUUUAUCAUUCAGUGAUUGCCAAAGUUCAUAAAAAAGAAACAGAUGGAUUUUGUGCUUUACUCUUCUUCUCUUUUUUUAAAAAUUCCCUCCCAUCAACUUACUUUCUGACCUUCAGUUCUUCUGUUAUAUAUGUAUUUAUUCGUCAGCAGUAUACCUUUACACUUUCUUUUGUUGUUAUUCCCUUUUAUCUACUACAGAAACCAAACUUAUUCAUAUAUACACAAAUUAUUACAGAAAUGAAAUAUAUAAUUAAUUUAGUUGAGUUUG